UGAAUAAGAAGAUUACUAGUACAGGAUGUCAGCAGAGGCAGCGUAAGAAAGGAGGUCACCCGGCCACCGUACAUUUAGUAAACAUGGCGUCUGACGAAGACAGCGAUGAGGAUUUCGUGACAUAUGGAACUCCGUUAGAGCCACUGGACGAAGAUGAGUCCACCAGAAAGCCGAUACCUUUGCACGAGCAGACGGUUAAAGAUGAGAAGGGCCGAUACCAGAGGUUUCACGGAGCCUUCACUGGUGGCUUCUCCGCUGGAUACUUCAACACAGUGGGCUCCAAAGAAGGCUGGACACCAUCAACAUUUGUAUCAUCACGACAGCAAAAGGCAGACAGACAGAAUGCUAGACCAGAGGACUUUAUGGAUGAGGAGGACUUGGGUGAGCAUGGUAUUGCCCCACAAGAGAUUGUCACCACAGAUAAUUUUGCAUCUGAGCGAAGAGAUAAGUUAAAGGACAAAGCACGAGCCGUCAGCUCUCUUGCAGCUCCGAUACCUGGAGACACUGCACUGCUGGAGGAGCUCAUUGCACCUGCACGGUCAUCCAUUGGUGUGCAUUUACUGAGAAAAAUGGGUUGGAAAGAUGGCCAGGGAGUUGGGCCCAGACUAAAGAGAAAGCCAUCUAAACAAAACACUGAAAGAGUUUAUGAAUGUGUGCUGCCUCCCAAAGGAUCAGAGGAAUCAGAGGACGAUGAUGAUGAAUUUGCUCCAGAGAAUGUGACAUUUGCUCCCAAAGAUGUGAUACCAGUGGACUUUACGCCUAAAGUUGACUCCCAUGGGCUGGGUUACAGGGGGCUUGACCCCUUCCAGGCCCUGAGUGGGGGAUCUGAGACAGGGCAUAUAAACCUCUUUACGCUUCACUCUGACAGAACAACCAGCUUAUUUGGGGACAAGAAGUCAAAACAGCAACGCAGGGGUGGGAUUGCAGGACAGGCGUUUGGAGUGGGAGCAAUGGAGGAGGAAGAUGAUGACAUUUAUCAUAAAGACUCCAUGACCAAUUACGAUACUGUGCUGGGAGGAGAAGACCCGGGUGAUGGACUGUAUGGAUGGACCGCUCCUCAGCAGUAUACCAAGAAGAAGAAUGAUUCAAACCAGAAUGCUGCAUAUUUAGGCAAAAUUCUGGAGGGGUUCACACUGGCCUCCAAAGUCACAGAGAUGAAAACAGUGUAUCCUCCCCCUGAUCUGCCACGUGAUUAUCGGCCUGUACAUUAUUUUCGUCCUGUGGUUGAUUCGUCCUCUGUCAGUCCCAUUGUUGCCCAGGCACUUCAGGCUUCACGUGGACACCUAUCACAGGAGGCACCCCAGCAGGGCCGCCACACCUUAGAUUCUGCUCAGAGAUGUGAAAUGCUGGGAGAGACACCUCUACAGGGCCCCAGCUCUGUAUUUGAGCUGCUUAGCAGUAAGGACAGAGAGCGGCUGAGUGGGAUGCGUAAAGUGGCCGAGGAGCGGAGUAAGCCAGAGCGAAAUCUUACCUCGGCUGUAGAUCGAGCUGUCGUGGUGGCCUCUGCUAAAGCUGCCGCUCUGCAAGCCCUAUCCAGUCGUUUCCAGUCAGUUGCCUCUCAGUCUGACUCCCCAAACCAGUCCCUGCCUUCCUCUGAGAUGCAAAUGGCAUUAAAUGCCUGGUCCGGUCCCACAGCAGAUGCCAGCAAGACCUUUAAACCAUUUGCAAAAAAUCCUCAGAAACAGGCUCGCUAUGAUCUGUACAUUAACAAACUCAAACAUGGAGACAAAGAUGCGGUGGAGUCGAGUCUGGACUCAUCCAUGACGGAGUGGGAGAGGGGAAGAGAAAGGGAUGAAUUUGUGCGUGCUGCGUUACUCUAUAAGCCAAGCAACUCCUCUCUCUCCUCCCGUUUUACACGUAGCAAACAUGAGGAUGACACGGACAGUGUGGAGGUCACACGGGAUCAAGAGAAUGAUGUGGAUGAUAAGCAGGCUGCAGUGAAGAUGAAGAUGUUUGGGAAGCUGACCAGAGACACAUUUGACUGGCACCCUGAUAAACUUUUGUGCAAGAGAUUCAACGUCCCAGACCCUUAUCCAGGGUCCAGUAUAAAGGGAAUGCCUAAAAUAAAGAGAGAUAAGUACUCAGUUUUUAACUUCUUGACACUAACGGAUAGCAGCCAGGUCAGCAGGGAAGCCCCAAGUGCUCCAAAACCUCAAAGCACCAGUGCAACUCUACCCAUCUCUGCUCCAGACAUCUCCAAUAAGAGAUCGAGGUGGGACGUACCAGGGCAGGUUUCUAAACCUAAAGACCCACUCAGUGCAUUUCUCAGUGAAGCUCGCAGUGAGGUGUCAGUAGCCCAGCAAGUCGAGGCUGGAGUGAAGACCAGCACAGACCCUCCAAACACUACUGCCGCUCCAGAGGUUAAAGAGGCACAGUCCGAUGGACAGCAGAAGACUGAAGAGGAUGAGGAGGAGGAAGAUGAGGAAGAGGUGAGGCCUCCAAUGGAUCUCUUUAAAGCCAUCUUUGCCAGCUCGUCAGAUGAGAAGAGCUCAUCUUCAUCUGAAGAUGAUAGUGAAGGAGAGGAAAAGGUGACCCCUCCAAAAUCUGAACCAAUCAAAAGCAGUGCAGGCACAUUGAGUACUACCAUCUCAGCUCAGAUCACUCCUGUUCCUGACAUCAGCAAAGUAGCAGGUAAAAUACUGGAGCUAAGAAGCCAUAAUUUCAUUAUCAUAAACCUUUUAUUAACAUUAUUUACACGUUUUACAGUCCAGAGCAUGCUGCCUGCUGAAACUGCAGCACAAAAUGCUCAGUCCUCAGUCAAUCCUCCCGCUAAAACUGGAGACCUGGAUGAAGAGGAGUUUGGUCCAAGACUGCCACCUCCUGGGCUUGUGCCUCCUGCACACUCACCACAGUUGAAGAAAAAGAAGAAGAAAGAUAAAGAGAAGCACAAAGCCAAGAAAGACCACAAACACAAGAAAGAGAAAAAGAAGAAAAAGAACAAAAAGCAUAAGCAUAAAGGGAAACAGAAGAAGAAGGUGGAGGAGUCUAACAGCAGCUCGGAGGACAGUGACUCCAAUGGUGAAGAUGAAUCCAGUAUUGUAUCAACAAGUGAACUGCUGCAGAGGUUAAAAAACCUCCGGGACAAGCGAUAACACAUCUGAAGAACAGUCUGUCCUUUUUGAGGAUUAUGUCUUAUGAAACUGCAAAAUAAUGGAAUGAAUACCGUGUGUUGGCAUGUCUCAUCUAAGUACAUCUAAUGGCAAAAUUUGUUACCUAUGAUCUCAGAUGUUUUUGAUUUAAAAACAAAUAGUAAAAAUAAAAAAGCUGAGUGAGUGUUUAUUAUAAUUGCAUGAGAACUAGCACCUAAUGGCUUAAAAUUACAAGGCUGCCCAGAAAUUGACCACGUUCUGUUGUUUGAAAUACCUUUUAAUAUGGAGGUGAAAGCAGCGCAACAAUUUUAAAUGUAUCACAAAAUAAUAUGAAGGUAAACUGGUAGCAAAUCUCGAGAGCUUGCAAAUUUUAAUUUGAGAACUUUUACAAUUAAUAUUUGUAGUUGUACCUUGAAAUUAAUUUCACAGCUCUGAUGUGAAAACUUCUAAAAAUCAGAAGUUGAAUGUUGCAAUCUGCACUCGCAGGCAAUAAUCAAAAACCUGUUCUGAAUUCAGAGUUGCAGAAAAAGUCCCAAAUGUGUAAAAUUACAUUCACAUAAAUACAACAACAGUCGCGAACUUGUAUUACAUAUUUACUUUUGUACUUUAAUUCACUUUUGCAGUACAACCACAAGUCAGCACUUACAACUUCUCAAAUCUGGCACUGGAAUGUCAAAUCUUCACGUCUUGACUCUAAUUUGCAACAAUGUUUGCGUUAAAACUGUUGCAAAACUCACUUAUGAGCACAGGGCUGGGAUUCAAUUCCAGAAAGAAUAAAUUCUUGAAUCGAGAAUCGACUCCAAAUCUUGGAAUCGAUUCCGCUCAGGGGAAUCACCUUCGCUCAUGAGAAUGAUAUGAAUGUUUGUUUGUUUUUUCCUGACCACUAUACAACUACACAUUCCAGAAGCCUUUACAGCACUAAUUCAGAUUACAGAAAUGACUGCAGCUAAACAAUUAUAAUUUCCUGACUGAUUUUGAAGUCAGUCAGUCAUCAGUAAAUUUUCUACUUCUGUUCAUCUGUAUGAAGCACAAAUCCUUCAACACCAGACAGCUGCUUUCCAGACUGAUAUAGCCGGUAUUUUACUUUGGAUUAAAUGAAUAAUCAAGUAAAAUGACAACUUUGUGACAGAAAAUUGGUGUAAGUAACUACCUAUGUUAUAACCAGGAGAAUCAAGUAACACUGAGUUACUGUAGCUCCCCAGUUCAUAUCAAUACAUCGGGAAUUUAAAGUUCAAAUGAUUAAUGGACAACACACAUAAAGUGAGUGAAACGCUUCUCCUCUCAGUCUUGCACUCGACAUUUUUACAGUACAUUUCCCAUUUUUUUAAUAACUUUUUAGUUUACAUUUUACACAAUUUUUAUAUUUAAAAUUAUUCUAUGAAAUCAAAUUACAUUUAACCCUUGUUCAAUAAAGUUCGACGCCAUCAGAAACAG